ACGACCACGGUGUCGUUAGAAUGGGUAUGAUGCUGAUCAUAAAGUCAGUGUACCCUGAUGCCUGUAUUACAGAAACAGAAACCUUUGAUGAAGCGCUGGAACAGUUGGAAACCGGGUCUUUCGACUUGCUGUUAUUGGACCUGCAUAUACCGGGUGGUGACAAUAUACAGAUGAUAGACGCGGUGAAGCAACGGCAACCCAAGCUGCCUAUCCUUAUCUUCUCCGGUUACGAUGAACAUAUCUAUGCGCUGCGCUACCUGAAGGCCGGCGCACAGGGGUACCUCAGUAAACGUGCCGGAAGCGAUGCCAUUAAAAUAGCGAUCAAACAAGUGCUCAACGGGCAGCGUUAUUUAAGCCCGCAGGUACAGGAUAAGUUACUGAACAAUCAUUUGUAUCCCCAACAGGCAACUGCAGGCGCUCCCUUAUCUAAAAGGGAAAGAGAGGUGAUGCAACUACUGAUAAGAGGAGCCGGAGGAGCCGAAAUAAAAAAUGCGCUGAACAUCCGCAGCUCCACCAUCAGCACCCAUAAAGCAAGGAUCUUUGAAAAGAUGG